CACGGAAAACAGACAAGUUAAAGGGGCCGCCGGUAGCGUACUCGUGUGCCUAUCUGGUGAUAGCUGUUAUCCGAGAACCCGAGCCCGAUCGCUUUGGUCCUACCGACAGGACCGGCAAAAGCACGGCCGGGGGACCGUCUUCGAAGGAAGGACGACGCGGCGGAGCGGAAAUCGAAAAAUGUGGCGCCACUUUUGGUGGAUCCCGCGACUCUGAGAAGUCCAGAAGGCACCCUUUGCCAGAGUCGGCCAUGCAGUCCUUCUGCGGAUCUGCAUUUUGGGACCCCGAGCUCUCGUGGAACCGCGAAACGAACCCCGAUUUGACGACAUGCUUCCAAGAGACAGUUAUGCUGUGGGCGCCAUGCGGUCUACUGUGGUUAUGGGCUCCGUUCGAGUUCCUCUCCAUGGCGAACAGCAAGCGCAAGAGGCGACCCUGGACUCUACUAACUAUUGCCAAACUGUUCUUCUUGCUGCUGCUGGUGGCCACUGCCCUCGCCGAGCUCCUCAACCGCUUCUCCAGGCACAGCCGGGGUGCCUCGCUUUAUCCAGUCGAUUACGUGGCGCCAUCACUGCGACUCGUCACCUUCGGCCUGACCGCCUUCUUGAUUUUGGGGGGCCGACGUGCUGGCUUUUACACGUCGGCACCCCUGUGCAUCUUCUGGCUGUUGAUGUCCGUGACGGCUACCCUGCGCUACAGGUCCAUCAUGAUUGCAGUCUUCAGUGAGCAGCAGGGCGACCAGAGAGCGAUGCAGAAUCUCAAGUUUGAUUUCAUAGUGAGCGUCGUCUACUUUCCCAUCGUGACUUGCCAGUUUGCGCUCAGCUGCUUCGCCGACACGUCUGCGAGCAUACGGCCGAAAACGAAAAAUUCUCCCGAAGAAAAGGCGUCCUUCAUAUCAUCCGUUUUCUUCUGGUGGUUUAAUGGGCUGGUAUUACGGGGAUACAAGGAACCACUGCGCCUCAGCGACAUGUGGAGCCUGGACCAAGCCAACUCUGCCAAGUACAUCGCGAACAACUUCGACCACUUUUACCGGGGCGAGAAGCGGCCGAAAAAGCCUGCCAGAGAGAAGAGCGCAUCUGAGGAUCGAGGCCUCGCGUCCUCACCGGAAGCGGGUAUCAUGACGCCGCUAUUUCGGACCUUCCUGCCGGAACUCCUCGUGCUGGCUCUUCACAAGCUCAUUGGAUCGCUGCUGACAUUCGUCAACCCCGUGAUGUUGGAUCUGCUGAUAAGAUUUAUCGAGUCGGACCAGCCGACCUGGCACGGAGGCCUGUUCGCGUGCGUCAUGUUCUUCUCGUCGAUGGCCGAGUCCCUGUUCAACAACCAGUAUGAGUACCGCAUAUUCCUGGUGUCCAUGCGCAUGCGGUCUGCCAUGAUCAACGCUAUCUACAGGAAGGCGCUCACGCUGUCCAGCUCUGUGAAAGGCCGCUUCACCACGGGCGAGAUCGUGAAUCUCAUGGCUGUCGACACGCAGAGGAUCAUGGAGUACAUACAGGUGUUCAACAACCUCUGGAGCACACCGAUCCAGGUGGCGCUGGCCACCUACCUGCUGUGGCAGCAGCUGGGCGUGGCUACCCUGGGCGGUCUCGCUGUCAUGGUCAGCCUGCUGCCAAUCAACGGCUGUGUCACCGCAUACCUACGCAAGUACCAGUUCCACAUCAUGGAACAGAAAGACCGGCGGAUCAAGCUGCUGAACGAAAUGCUGGCCGGCAUUAAGGUACUGAAGCUGUACGCUUGGGAGACGGCCUUUCAGAGGCGUGUGCAGGAUCUUCGCAACCACGAGAUCACGUACUUGAGGAAGCAGGCGUACCUCAAUUCAGCCAUCGUUUUUUCCUUCUCCGGCGCGCCGAUUCUGGUGGCGCUGGUAAGCUUCGGUCUGUACAUCACACUGGACAGCCAGAACGUACUGGACGCGAACAAGGCGUUCGUGUCACUCACGCUGUUCAACGUUCUAAGAGUGCCGCUGGGCCUCCUGCCGCUCAUCGUAUCCAACACUGCCAUGUUCAUGGUGUCCCUUGGCCGUAUCAAUGACUACCUUCGCUCGGACGACCUGGAUCCGAUGGCAGUGCAGUCCGACGCCAGCCAAGAAGAGGCCGUCAAGGUGGAAGGCGCCUCGUUCGCCUGGUCUCGAGGCAGCUCAGCAACGCUCAAAAACAUCACCCUCAGCGUGCCCAAGGGCUCGCUCGUUGCCAUCGUGGGUUCGGUGGGAUCGGGCAAGUCGUCGCUACUUUCCGCCUGCCUCGGCGACAUGGUCAAGCUCAAGGGAUCUGUCACUGUCUCUGGCUCCCUGGCGUACUCGCCUCAGCAGGCAUGGAUCCAGAACGACAGCGUCAAGAACAACAUCCUCUUCGGCCACGUCUACGACAAAGAGCUCUACGACCAAGUGGUCGAGGCGUGUGCCCUGAAGCCCGACCUGGCGGUUUUGCCCGCGGGUGAUAACACUGAGGUCGGCGAGAAGGGCAUCAACGUGAGCGGCGGCCAGAAGCAGCGUAUCAGCAUCGCCAGAGCCGCGUACAGCGGCCGCGACGUUUACCUCUUCGACGACCCGCUCAGCGCCGUCGACUCACACGUGGGCAAGCACAUCUUCGACACGGUCAUCGGCCCCAAGGGCAUGCUCCGUGGCAAAACGCGCGUACUGGUCACCCACCGGCUGUCCGUGCUCCCGGAAGUGGACACCGUGGUCGUGAUGCGAGGCGGAACCGUGUCGGACUGCGGAAGUUUUCAGGAGCUGCUGUCGCGUGGCGGUGCCUUCUCCGAGUUCCUGGCACAGUUCAUUAGGGAGAGCGAGGAGGCCGAACAGGGCAUCUCGGACGAAGACGCGGAGCUCUUCAGCGCCAUCGCGUCGCAGACGUCGUUACCGACGCCGGAACUUGUCCAGUACCGCUCGGCGCGAAGCGACAUGAGCGACACCGAUUCGAGCGUGCCCGAUGACCAUAGGGGCUUGCACCGUCGUCGGCCAUCCCAGCGCAUGAGCAGUGGCCGCGAGUCUUCGAGCGGCGCCGGGGCCGGUUCAAGUAGCGUGGGACCGAGCAAGCAGCCAACACUGGCCAGGGUGUCCAAGGCCAAGCUCACCGAGGAGGAGACGGCACAAGUGGGAUCGGUCAAGUGGCAGGUGUACUGGGACUUCGUGAAGGCCAUGGGUACGUGGCUGACGCUGUCCUCGCUGUCGACCUACAUCAUAUCGAGCGCAUUCAACAUCGGCGGCAGCAUCUGGCUCGGACUCUGGAGCAACGACGCGCUCGACCCCGAGCUGGCCAGGGACCCGGCGUGGAAGAACUAUCGGCUAGGCAUGUACACCAUGUACGGCUUCGCGGAGAUCACGUUCGUGCUGUUCGGCUUUGUGUCGCUGAACCUGGCCAUCCUGCAGGGCAGCCGCGUGGUGCACGAACAAAUGCUGCACCGCGUGCUGCGUGCGCCCAUGGCAUUCUUCGACACCACGCCCAUGGGCCGCAUACUCAACAGGUUCUCGAAGGACGUCGACGCCGCCGACGUGACGCUCCCUUUCAACGCGCGCAUGCUGCUCGUCCAGUCCCUGCGCACGGUGGUGGCGUUCCUGUUGAUCGCGCUGCAAACGCCCCUCUUCCUAAGCGCCGUCCUACCGCUGUUGCUAAUCUACUAUUUCAUGCAGAAAGUCUACAUCGCCACAUCGCGACAGCUUAAGCGCCUCGAGUCCAUAUCGCGGUCGCCCAUCUACGUGCACUUCUCGGAGACCGUGACCGGGAGCAGCUCGAUCCGGGCUUACGGAGUCGGCGAGCGAUUCGUCGCCCACUCGGACGAGCUGACCGACAUCAACCACAGCACCUACUACCCCAGCAUCGUGGCCAGCCGGUGGCUCGCCACAAGGCUGGAGUUCAUCGGUUACGUCAUAGUUCUAAUAGCUGCGUUGCUUGCGGUCAACAGCCGAGACACUCUGUCUCCCGGCAUGGCUGGCCUUUCAGUCAGCUACUCUCUCACGGUCACGCUGACGAUGAACAUGCUGGUCCGUUGUACCUCUGACACGGAAACGAACCUUGUGUCGGUUGAGCGCUGCUUGGAGUACACCAAGGUGGUCCAAGAGGCUCCAUGGGAGAAUCCUUACUUCAAGCCUGACCCGUCGUGGCCAGUCACUGGAGAAGUCGCCUUCGAGAAUUACUCGACGCGGUACCGAGCAGACUUGGACCUCGUCCUCAAGGGAAUCACAUGCGACAUCAAGCCCGGAGAAAAGGUUGGAAUCGUGGGCAGAACAGGCGCGGGCAAGUCUUCGCUCACGCUGGCUCUGUUCCGCAUCAUCGAAGCCGCCGGCGGUUCGAUCAACAUCGACGGCCUGGACAUAUCCAUGCUCGGCCUGUACGACCUGCGCAGGAAGCUCACCAUCAUACCGCAGGAUCCUGUGCUGUUCAGUGGGACACUGCGGUCCAACCUUGACCCUUUCGAUGUGAAGGGCGAGGAGGAGCUGUGGCGGGCGCUCGAGCACUCGCACCUCAAAGACUUUGUCGCCACAUUGACGGAGGGCCUCCAGCACGAAAUUGCCGAGGGUGGUGAAAACAUCAGCGUGGGCCAGCGGCAGCUGCUGUGCCUGGCUCGUGCCCUGCUGCGCAAGUCUCGCAUCUUGAUCCUGGACGAGGCGACGGCCGCGGUGGACAUGGAGACGGACGACCUGAUACAGGCCACCAUACGGCGGGAGUUCGCCGACUGCACCAUCAUCACCAUCGCGCACCGGCUGAACACCAUACUCGACUACGACAGGGUGAUCGUCCUGGACAGCGGCGAAAUAGCAGAGAGUGAUUCGCCGCAGGAAUUGCUGAAGCGGGAGACGUCGCUCUUCUACUCGAUGGCCAAGGACGCCAACUUGCUGCAGACGCAGCAAAAUGAGUGAUUUUUUGAAGGCCGCGGUGUCGGCGACGCGCCAUGUUCAACAGACUGCUGAUUCAAGCACCAACCCUCGAGAUGUCAUCAGCGCAGCAGAAGUCAUGGUGCUUCGUUUGAAAGCUCUUUGAGAGCCUCGUCCUUGAUGCGAAAGGCAACUGCGACGCUAAUUUCAACGACAUUUCAACGUCGAUUACGAGAAAACAGCUCAGUAGGAGAUAUGUAGCAUAAGUUUGUGAUGAACGUAAAGAGUGCGUGACAUCUCGACUAAAAGCAGUCUCGCUAAUGUUAAUAUGUACCGCUUCGACGCGGAGACGAUAUCCUUUUUUUUUGUUAUCAAGUUCCGGCGAGGAAACGCUUGUACAAUCUUUAGCUUUGUUCAGCCCAUUACUCGCGUCUGGUGUGAUGUUUGGUAUUUAUUGAACUCGUGAAUGACCGAAUAGUUUCGCAUUUCCCGCACUAUCAUGUUUUCGCAAUAAAAAAAUUGUGGAUAUCCAA